AAUAUUUAAGCACUUUCCAUUCUCACAUUCACCUCAACCACUUUCCCAUCUCUCUCACUUCAUUUUCUGAACACUCUUCACAAAAUGUCCUACCACCACAAGACAAAAGCCAUGGCAGAGUUCUUGUUGCUGGCAACAGUGAUAGUUGGCACUGCCAUGGGAGAUUCUUCAUCAACUGACAAAGAUGAAUGCGCACAGCAAUUGGUAGGGCUAGCAACAUGUUUGCCCUAUGUUGGAGGUCAAGCACAAGCUCCAGCUACAGAUUGUUGCAGUGGUCUCAAGCAAGUUCUGCAGAACAACAAGAAGUGUUUGUGUGUAAUCAUCAGAGAUCGCAAUGAUCCUGACCUUGGUGGCUUGCAGAUUAAUGUCACUUUGGCUUUGAAUCUCCCCACUGCAUGCAAUUCCCCUGUCAAUGUCUCCAAGUGCCCCGAACUCUUGCACAUGGACCCCAAAUCAAAAGAGGCUCAAGUUUUUUAUCAGUUGGAGAAAGGAAAAAAUGGCACAAGUCCUGCACCAAGUCCUUCAGCUGCAGUUGGAGCAAAUCCUUCAAGCAACCAAACAUCCAGUGCCCCACAGAAGAAUGAUGCAUUCUGCAAAAAAAAUGGAUUUUUUAGGUUAAAUGUUUUGGCUAUUGGGCUUCAAGUUUGGGCUUUAACUGGGCUUUUGUGCUAAAUUCUUUUCUCUCUUUCAUUUCUCUCCCUUUAUGUACCAUUAAUGUUAUUAUUACUUAAUAUAAAAUAUGCCAAGUAUGGUGUGAUUAUUUUUCCCUUCAAA